UUCAAGAGCAACUCCGGAUAUGGUUCCAGUUAUAGAUUUCUCCAAGCAAGACCUUAAACUGGGCAGCCCCGAAUGGGAUUCGGUGAAGUCCCGAGUUCGGGAAGCUUUGACGGAGUAUGGUUGUUUCGAGGCCUCGUUUGACGAAGUGAUGGCGCUUCGAGAAUCAAUAUUCGGAGCCUUGGAAGAGCUUUUCGACUUGCCGUUUCAGACCAAAAAGCUUUGUGCUUCGGAGAAACCCUUUCGUGGCUAUAAUGGGUCUCCAUCGGGAGUGGUCGAAAGCAUGUCGACUGAUGAUGCACAUAUUGCUGAAAACAUUGAACAACGCCUCACUACCAUUUUGUGGCCUCAAGGGAACAUAAACUUCAGCAAAACACUGGUAUCUUUUACUCAGCUAGCGUCAAAAUUAGAAACGACGAUCAUGAGGAUGAUUUUGGAGAGUUUUGGCGUCGAGAAAUACAUGGAUGAGCUCACUGAGUCCACAAAUUAUCAGCUGAGGGUCAUGAAAUAUAGAAGACCAGAAAGCAGCGGUCCGACAUUCGGGAUUCCGGCGCACCGUGACUCGAACAUGAUGACUCUUUUGUAUCAAAACGAGGUUAAUGGUCUUGAGAUUCAAAACAAAGAUGGCGAGUGGAUGGACGUCAAGCUUUCGCCCAACUCUUUCAUAGUCAUGAUCGGAGAGUCUUUCAGUGUAUGGUUAAAUGGUGGAUUGUCUUCGCCUUAUCAUCAGGUUACGAUGAAGGGAAACAUGGCUAGGUAUAGCCUGGGAUUGUUUGCAAGGCUGAGAGGAGGCUACCUCGUAAAGACACCGAACGAGCUCGUCGAUGACAACAAUCCCAUGCUCUUCAAACCCUUUGACUACGAAGAGUUCAUGAAAUUUCACUCCACUCAAAUAGCCCAACCUGCUACUAAAUCUCAAGCUCUUGGGUACGGUCUUAAAGCUUAUUGCACUGCCUAACAUUUGGUCACUGUUUACUUGUGACGAAUAAGCUUCUAUUGUUGUGGGACGAUUAUGAUGUGAUCUACUUCCAUUU